CGAAAUUAUAAAUCACAGCUCUGUUUGAACUGAAGUUUUUUGAAGAAGACAUUUUAAAGAAACAAAAAAAUAAAAUAUAAAUAGUAAUUUGAAGAGAACGAAAAAUGAAAAAGAGGAAAAAUAUUUUUCGUGAAAAUCGACGAAUUUUCAUCAAUUGAAAUUUACAUCGAAAUUACUUUUAUCAAACAAUCAUUCAUACAUUUUCUGCCGUGGGUCAAAGUGAAAAACAAUGAAACGAAUGGAAUUGAAAGAAAUGAACUAAAAAAAAAACUUUCCAAAUAAAUCGAACUCGAGUUAACGGUGUCGAAAAUUCAAAUUGGAUUCUUUCGUUUUGUUGGCUUACAUUGAUUAUUUGUAAAGUGGUCAAAAAUUGGCAAAAGAUGCACCACAAUAAAAGUCGAGCAUGCAUUCUUCGUGAAUCCGGAAACAAAACGCAACAAAAGUAAAACAGACGAAAAUUACGUUGCCGCAUAAAAUGAACCGACUCGUUGAUUUUACCGUUUGAUUUAUUUUCAUUGUGGCGAGCCUUUACACUCGGUUAAUUUGCACAGAUGAAACACGCGUUUUGAGCAUCAUCGAACGUGUGCUACGUGAUCAUAUGAAGAAGCUUUUUCGCCUCUCUCUCUCUCUCUCUCUCUCUGUUCUCUCGAUGUGACCGAAACAGUCGAAAAUCAUACCGUUUUUAACAGCAGCGAAUAAAUAAACAGAACAUUUAACUAGAGAAUAAUCAAUAUGCGCACACAUCGACAAACUGAGAAAGCUAAGUGAAAGACGAAAAAAAAAUUGUGCAAAAUUUAUUUCAACCAGUGCGCGAAUUGCGAUGCGGUGUGUGAUACUACGAGGAUAAAUACAGUGACUUUUUUACUUUCACCCAUUUUCCUUCGGUGAAACGAUACACACCAGCCAACUUUUAUUCAUUCAAACGCUUUGAUAGAUGAAUGUGUUAUGUAAAACGGCGAUUCUUAAUUCAUCGUAAAAGUGAAGACUUUUGACAUGGUAAAAUAUUACAGCCGCAGUAAUUUUGUUAUGACACACGGUUCAAAUUCAAUUAUCAGACAUUGUUUUUUUGCGAGUUCAAAGAUUACACACAACAAAUCCCAAUAAAUCGAAAGGAAGAGUUGAAGUUGAUUAAAACUGUAUAUGUGGUAAAAUGUUCUUUUUGGAUUCGAUAGUGUUCCCACGACAACAACUCGUUUUUUGUUUUGGACUGAUUACAUAAAUCACCUUGAAUGCCAUGCAUUCGUGCGUUCUCACAAGCCAAGAGGAAUUAUUUGACAAUUGAAGCCAAUGAACUGUGUUGAUUUGUAAUUGAAAAUGAAAUUUUUGACAUUAUGAAUGUGGCAUCGUGGAUCAGCAAACAGUUCCGAAAAUUUAUCAGUCAAAAUGAAAAGAAGUACAUUAUGUUCAUGUUAAUUGAUUAUUAUGUUAUUUAAUGUUUGCAAGUCCUAAAAAAAGAAAUUUCUGCCAUUUAUGAUGAACGAGCAAAUAAUGCAAUCGGUGCGAAUUCAGAAGAAGCCAUAAAGAGAAAAAAAAUGUGAAAAUAAAUCAUAUUUGAUCAGCGCUGAUAAAACGAACAAUAAACGUAACAAAAGGAAUUUACUCACGUUUAAGUGCCAAGUGGAAUUUUGAACUUGACUUUUUUUCCCCUUUUACUCUUGUCGCCUGUGACGUAAUCGGUAAAUUGUGUAAAUUGAAAUUAAAAAGCAAAGAAAAAAACAACGGCAACAAGAGGUGACGAUAAACUAGUGAAUGAAUGAGAGAGUGAGCGUGCACGGACAUAAAUCUGUUUAAAUGUAUGAAGUGCGUGACUUACGUUGGAUUUUAUCACAAAACCAAUACCAAUAAGUGGUUUGUGGCGUAUAAUGGUGACUUAGCGCACGGCGUUUCUGAGGUUAAUGCCGAUCCAACUUUUGUUAGAUUGGAGUAAGGCCCUAGUGGCCAUUGUAUGCUCACUCCUUCUGGCCAUUUCAUUCAUAAUGUGCACGGCAAAGUCGGUUAAUUUAAUCGAGCCAAGCAGCGAUUUUCAUGUAAAUCGUUCGCAGUUACUCAAGCGAAAUGCCAUUGAAAGUGAAAAUCGGCUGAUGCCCACCAUACUGUCAACCGAUGCAAUGCCAUUGAAUCGUUCACUGAAUCAUAAUCCAAUUGGAUUGGACACGAUGAAAAAUGAUACGACAGUUGUGAAAUGGCACAUAAAUACAACACAAACAACAAAGUCAGCAGUAAUGAUACCAUCACAAAUAAAAAAUCGCGAUUCAAUUUCGCCAACACAAAAGGUGGCUACUGCAAAUUAUCCGUUUGAUGCAUCAAACGAAUUAAAUUUAGAUACACUUAGUCAAGUUGACCAGCAACCAGACACAUUUAAACAUCUCAAAUCACUGGCAAGCCGAACGACACAUACAAACAUUAAAUCAAAUGGUCAAUAUGCGGCGGACACAACAAAAAUCCGAAACGAACAAAAUGCCACUCAGCAUGCGAUAAAUCUGAACAAAUUCAAAUCGCGGGGCAAAAAUGUAGCGCAUACAACCGAUUCAACGGCAGCAUCAUUCGAAACGUACGUGCCGGUAAUGCAAACCACUACACAUCAAUCAACCAUCACAACGAAAGCAUCUAUUCAAUCAGUAUUUCUAGAUCAUCUAAAUAAUUUUAAUGAAACCAAAUCGCAGAACAUUGAUAGCAUUAAUAAUAACGAUCAUUUAAAUCCCAACAAUCAAGAUGUGGUGGACGAUGCAGAGAUUCUAUCACGUACAGAUCGUAGUGUUCAUAUUGCGACAAAUAAACGCAAACGAUUACAUAACAAUGAAUCAAGCAAUGUAGAUCGUCUUGAGAGAUCGGCGAAUUUCUCAUUGAACAGGGCCACCAAACGCAUUCAAGUGCUGAUUAAAGGACGUUUCAUACAAAUGCUAACUGAUGGCACCGUCAACGGAACGCAAGACAAUGACAGCGAAUACACAAUUUUGCAGCGGAACACCGUCGAUGUGGGACAAAUUCGAUUGAUUGGGAUCGCAACUUGUCUGUAUCUUUGCAUGGAUUCAUGUGGAAAUUUGUACAGUUCGCGUGAAUUUACAAACGAUUGCAUAUUUAAUGAGCGACUGGAAGAGAAUUACAACUACUAUACAUCGACACAUCAUUCGAGUGCAUUGCGUACAUAUUAUGUGGCCUUGAAUCGUCUGGGUGUUCCGCGCAAAACCCAUUUGCCAUCUAAUAAACCUUUGGGUAAAUUAUCAACAUAUGUAAAAGCAUUUACAUUGACCGUGCCAGAGCAUCGGUCCGAUGCUGUAAUUGGUAAACGUUUUGGAUUCAAUCACGUUAAGCACGGUAUUAAGCAUUUAUGUGAGUCGGGAAAACAGCUUAUGGAACUCACUACGAAACAAUUAGUCUAUCCGGAAUGCAAUAGUGGUGGCGUCGGCAGCGUCAUCAGCAGCAGCAGCAGUGGUAGUAGUAAUGGUAGCUUAAGUAAAAAACAACAACCAAAUCAGCACAUUCGACACGCGAACACAAAUCAUACACGUCGUCUAGCUCCUGCAUCGCUGACCGAUCGAGGAUCGAACCGGAAAAACAUUAUCGACGACACCGCUGUCGUCACGAAUAUUGCAAAAGGUAGCAAUUGCAAUUCUGAGCAAUGCCCCAAGAAAAAGAAAAAUAACGGACAUCGCGGAAAUAACAACAACAAUAAUAAGAAAAAUACGAAAAAGCUGAAUAUGAAAAAUUCAAAGUCGAGAUCGAAUAAAAAAGUUCAAAGCACAACAAUUAGAACAACAACGACCACAACAACAACCACAGAAAGUGCCAUGUCAGACAAUCCAGCACUCGACAACGAUAACUAUGAAGAUGAAUUGGAUUAUUCGGAGUCCGUUCAAUUGCCAUCGAAUGGCCAAAUUUCUGUCGGCAUUGCCAGCGAUGAAAACUAUAGCGAUAGCGACAAAUAAAACGAUUUCAUGUGUCUAAUGUAAUAAUUUGUAUAUAGCAUUCAACUCAUACACACAAUUAAUUUCUUUCAAAACAAAACACAAAAAAAAGAAUACUUAACCACAAACUGCGUUCAUUCAACAUUUUCUUUUUUUAAAUUAUAUUCAUACUUUUUAGCAAUAGUAAGCGUAGCAUAAAGAAAAUCUCAGGUUAUAUUCUAUACAAUUUCAUUCGUUUAAGCUUACAUUUAGAUAUGAUUAGUGAAUUUCAAACUGAUUUAAUAUAUAAGACAGUUUUAAAAAUUGACACCAAUCAACAAUUCUUUUCUUCUUCUGUUCUACGAAGCAAACAAAACAAUCACAAACAAAUAAGCACACGUUUCUACAAAUAUUAUAACACCAUACUCGCAUGUUAGAAUGUAAAAAGUCGUUAAAUUAUAAACACAAUAUACUACUUAGCUAGCUUUCAUUUAAUCUAUCUAUAUAUAAAAUGCAUUUUUCAUUCAUUUUUUUUACUAUCGCGACCAAAUUCAUGCUAAAUUAAAUGCAAUGCAAAGUUUACUUUAGAUUUUGAGUUCAUCAUAGAAAACGAAAUAAACAUAGUGUAUAUGUUCGAAAUUUAUCCCAUCAAUUGAUAAAUUCUCGAAUCUCUUUAUCCCAUUUAUUUUAUUAAUUUUUAAUUAAGAGUGACUAGUCUAACU